UAAUGUGUGGGUGCAGUCAAAACUAAAGUGGAUAUAUGCUGAAUAAACAUGUUUCUAAAACAGCUUUCAUUUUUAGAAGUUGACUGGCCUUCUCUCAGUAUAUCUUGGUUAAUAUUUAACGUUAUUUGCCAAUUAUUCAUUUUCAGCAUACUUAUGAAGGCAUGGUAGAAAAAUUUGUUUAUAGAGACACAGAGAUCAGCAAGUUAAGACAAGCUUAAAAAAAAUGGGGUGGGGUAGAGAAAACAUUGCCAGGCCUAACAUUACCAUUUCUUCCCCAAAUUUGUACACUUGCUAUUGUAGCAAGAAGACAGUGAGCGGAGUUUACUCAGUGUCUCUGUUCUACAGCGAACUACUUUCUGUGUAGCCCCAAUGCUGGUAUGACCAAUGAGGACAGCCUCCUAAUCAGGAAUUUCUGACGUCUUGCAGAGCAGCUGGAAGACCACAGAUCAAGGAGGAACACUGAAUCUGAUCCGCAUGGUUUGUCAGAGGCUAUAUAGGAUCACAUGUUCUCACCACUUUGUUCGCCUUGAGCCCAGGUUCAUCGGGAGAAGGAAUAUAGCCACAAUUUAGCCAUUGCUAUGGGAAAGUGGCAGGAAAUGACAAAGGAGGAGCUGGAGACUCAAUAUUCUCCUAGCAGAUGGUCUCCACGGCUGGAUAAGGAUGCUGUGAUUGAGGCACACAUGAAAGCAGUGACUGAAGGUACUCAAAACGCCCAGGCAUUCACCCAAACUCUGCUGAAUGUCCCAUAUGGCUCCAGUGAGGGAGAGAAACUGGAUGUGUAUCUUCCUAAAAAACAUGUUGAAAGCUUUCCUCUGGUCCUCUAUAUUCAUGGUGGCUACUGGCAAAGUUUGAGCAAAGAUGUUUCUGGGUUUGCUGCAUGUCCCCUAGUAGAUCAAGGCAUUGCCUUGGCUGCAGUUGGCUAUGAUGUGGCUCCGAAAGGCCAACUGGAGGUGAUGGUUGAGCAGGUGCGGCAUAGUGUGGCUUUUGCAGUUCAGCAAUAUACAGGGAUCAGUGGUGUCUAUCUGCUUGGGCACUCGGCAGGAGCCCACCUGGCAGCCAUGGUACUUUCCACAGAUUGGGCAAAAUUUGGCAUUGAGCCAAACAUCAAAGGUCUCUUUUUGGUGAGCGGUGUUUAUGAUUUGGAGCCCAUUACGCAUACCUAUGUUAAUGAUCUGCUGCAGAUGAGCCAUGCAGUGGCUCAAGAGAACAGCCCUUUGUCUUGUGUGCCAAAGGUGAAAGACAAGAAAACUUGCCAGGUGCUUAUUGCAGUAGCCCAGCACGACCCACCUGAGUUCCACAGACAGUCUCAGGAAUAUUGUCAGGCUCUUCGUACAGCAGGUUGGAAGGUCUCCUUGCUAGACCUAGCAGGCACAGAUCACUUUGAUGUCAUUGAGAAACUCUCCCAGGAGAACUAUCUCCUCACACAGGUGAUAUUGAACAUGAUUUCAAGUGGCUGAAGCCAGGAAAGGAACAAUUGUUGUCAGCCUGCUGUCUUCUUCUCCACUGUCUUUCCACUGAACUCCUUUAGAUCAAACAAGGACUGAGCUUCCUGCCCCUUUUUUUUCUCAGCUGCAGAUGUAUUGAGACCAGAGAUAUCACGUGGAACUUUGAAACAGCCCACCUCUGCUCUCACACCGUGACUUCUAUUAUGGCAUGAGAGAUGAAAAGCAAUAAAAAAAAAAACCAGAGCCUGAAUUACAUCUUUAUGAUAGAUGUCCAUUACAUGAUCCAAAGGAUAAAUUAUCACUUUAUUUUGCUUUAGACUCAAACUGCAGGUAUAUAUUCUUCCCUUUGAACAGCAACUGCAUAUGAUGUUCUGGGUGCAUAUAAAGCCAUCAUAGUCAGAAUAGUAAAACUAUGAGUUACCUCAGUGGUAGCUGUUCUUUUUGGUUAUGGCUCCCUGUGCUUUUGAGGACUAUAUGUGUCUUCAUAAAAACGGGAAGGAAUCAUCCAGCCCAUUUUGCUCCUAUCUCAAAGCAAUUUUUGUUAGGAAAUUACUGGGGCUAAUUUCUAGUUUAGUUUGCACCUGGAUCAAUCUUAGCUAAUCUUUGCAUCUAGAUUAGAGCAAGGAUACAGCCACUCAGUCCAGCUAACAAAAGUAUAGUUAAUAUCUAUGUAUUAAAUAUUAGCAAAGAUUAGAAAGAGUUAACUGGAAAAAAUUGAAUAAAAAGCAAACAAAGACAGGGGAAGAGAAGAAUAUCAAGCAAGUAUUUACAUUUGUAAUUGGACUGCAAUUCAGGGUGAGUUUACCAGAGAAUAAUGGAAGUGUAAGGAAAAAUAGUAAACUUUAAAGAAUUAACCAGAGGAAAGAGGUAGUUAUGUACAGCAC